GAUUUACUGAUGGUACUUUUUCUUUCCCCCAGAAAAAAGCAAAAGGCCAAGUGCUGUUUGACAAAGUGUGUGAACAUCUCAAUUUACUGGAAAAGGAUUACUUCGGUCUGUUGUUUCAUGAGAAUUCAGAACAGAAGAACUGGCUAGAUUCUUCAAAGGAAAUUAAGAGACAAAUUCGAAGUUUACCUUGGGCAUUCACCUUUAAUGUGAAGUUUUAUCCCCCUGAUCCUUCACAGUUGACUGAAGACAUCACUAGAUAUUUCUUGUGCCUACAGCUUCGUCAGGAUAUUUCUUCUGGUCGACUGCCCUGUUCUUUUGUGACUCAUGCCCUCCUUGGUUCAUAUACCCUGCAGGCUGAGCUGGGUGAUCAUGACCCAGAGGAGCACCGCAGCGACUACAUCAGUGAAUUCCAGUUUGCACCCAAUCAAACUCAAGAAAUGGAAGAGAAAGUAGCUGAGCUACACAAAACACACAGGGGCUUGACUCCAGCACAGGCGGAUUCCCAGUUCCUAGAAAACGCUAAGAGACUCUCCAUGUAUGGAGUGGAUUUACAUCAUGCCAAGGACUCUGAAGGUGUGGAUAUCAUGCUGGGUGUAUGUGCUAAUGGACUGCUCAUUUACAAAGAUAGACUCCGGAUCAACCGCUUUGCUUGGCCAAAAAUUCUGAAGAUUUCCUAUAAGCGAAGUAAUUUCUACAUCAAAGUCAGGCCAGCAGAACUGGAACAGUUUGAGAGCACUAUUGGAUUCAAACUGCCAAAUCAUCGGGCUGCUAAAAGGUUAUGGAAGGUCUGUGUGGAGCACCAUACUUUCUUCAGACUUGUAUCGCCAGAACAGCCUCCAAAAGCAAAGUUUCUAACUUUGGGUUCCAAGUUCCGCUACAGUGGACGUACACAAGCACAGACACGACAGGCUAGCAACCUCAUAGACAGACCAGCUCCGUACUUUGAGCGCACUUCAAGCAAACGAGUUUCCAGGAGCCUUGAUGGAGCUCCCAUGGGUAUCUCAGACCAAAGUCUGCUAAGAGACUUCCCUGCUCCUGGAGGGCAGGCUGCUGGAGAUAAAAUCAUUGACACUGAAGCUGCUGGUCAGGCCAACUUAAAAGAAGGUGGCAGAGAAGAAGAUGGAAGCCCAGUCAAAACUCCACAAUUAGAAUUGACUCAGGAUGGAAAGAGCAAUUCCUUGAGAGUAGACGGGGAAAAUAUUUAUGUCAGACAUAGCAAUUUAAUGUUGGAGGACCUGGAUAAGACCCAGGACGACUUACUGAAACACCAGGCUAGCAUUAGUGAGCUCAAGCGCAAUUUCAUGGAAUCCACACCUGAACCACGCCCAAAUGAGUGGGAAAAGCGGCGUAUCACACCUCUGUCCCUACAGGCACAAGGGAAAAAAGGAGACUACAUUUUCCAAGUGAAAACACUGCCUGGGAAAGAGAAGCAAUGGACUGCAAUGCCAUGGAUUGCCGGAGCAAAAUCAGAGGAAAUCGACAAG